UUUGCCUGUCGAUUUUUAUUUUUUUCAGGCUGUAGUACUCGGGCAAUCGAUAUUUCUUUUACUUCUGGCAGAAACAAUUUACAUUCAACUUUUUGUUGAAUAUUCCAAAAAUGGUUAAUUAUUAUUGGAUUAUAGCUGAACAUUCCGGAAAGGUUAUUGAAGUUGAAUGCGGUUCUCUUCAUUCUAGUUCUAAAAUUAUUCAAUAUAAUAAAAAAUCCGAGGAUGAUUCUAGUGUUGGUACUCAACUCUGGUAUUUUGAUGGUAAAUUUAUUGUCAACAAAAGAUCCGGUCUCGUACUUGAUGUUUACGAAGGUCAAUUCCAAAAUGGUGCACGUAUUAUUCAAUUUCCCACUCACGCUGUACCCGCUGUCAAUCAGGAAUGGGAUUACGACUAUGAGAACAAUACUAUUAAUUUAAGAUCUGAUCCAAGUUUUGUUCUUGAAGUUAAGGAUGCAAGCAAGGAUGAUUGGGCACCUAUCAUUUUACAAAAGAAAAAUGAUGGCCAGAAUCAGCGAUUUACUUUGCAAAAAUGGAAUGUUACUUCAAGUUCUAAAGAUGCUAGUAAAUUAGUAACAAACAUAAUGGAUAAUAUUAAAUUUUUACCAACAUUAUCACAAAAUUUACUUGAAAUUUUGAGUGACGACGAAUAUCAUGAUGUUACUAUUGAAGUUGGUAACGAUCCUAAUGUAAAAAUAUUCCGAGCUCAUAUGGUUAUCUUAAAUUAUCGUUCUCCUUGCCUGCGAGAAAUUUUGUCAGCUAAUAAAAAGAAAAGUGAUGAGAACUUGGCUCAUAUUAAAUUACCCAAUAUUUUACCUGAAAUUUUUGAAAUUAUUUUAAGAUAUAUUUAUGGUGGUAGGCUUUCUUUGAAAGAAUGUGAUACCUCAGAUAUUAUUAAAUUAUUAGUUGCCGCCAAUGAACUAAAACUUCAGGAAUUAAUCGCUUAUAUACAAUCUUUUUUGAUUGAAAAUGAAGCAAACUGGUUGGAACAAAAUUUUAAUUUGAUAUAUCGAACGAGUUUUAAAGAUGAUUCUUUCUUGAGUCUUCAAAAAUUUUGUAACGAUUUAAUAUCCAAUGAGCCGGAUAAGAUAUUUAAAUCGUCAAAUUUCACUUCAAUUCCAGAAAAACUUUUGGUUUCAGUAAUUCAAGAAGAUAAUCUUCAAAUGAGCGAAAUUCAAAUUUGGGAACAUGUACUUAAAUGGGGGUUAGCACAAAAUCCAGAACUUCCCCCUGAUGUUACAAACUUUUCAAAAGAUGAUUUCAUUACUUUGAAGAAUACCUUACAAUAUUGUAUGGCUUUUAUUAGAUUCCAUAAUUUAACAUCCAAAGAAUUUUUAGAUAUAGUAUUUCCUUAUAAGAAAAUUCUAUCCAAGGAAUUAUAUGAAGAAUUAUUAAGGGAGUUUUUAGAUAAUAAUACUAAGAUAAGCAGUAAAUCAAAACCUCGUAUAUCUGAAAAAAUUAAUUCGAAGGUCAUUGAUUCUAAAAUUAUUACAUUUCAACAUAUCGAAACAAUCUCGAAAUGGAUUAAAGGAUUAAAAAUUACUGAUGAGUUAACUACUUUAUUUGAAUUUAAAUUAUUAUUUCGUGGAUCUCGUGACGGAUUUUAUCCAGAUAAAUUUCAUCAAAUUUGUGAUAAUCAAUCUCAUACUGUAGCAAUUGUCAAAGUGGCAGGUAGUAACGAGAUUCUUGGAGGAUAUAAUCCGGUUAUAUGGAAAUCUGAUAAUAAUUAUAGUUUUUGUCAGAAUAGUUUUAUCUUUUCCUUUAAUAACGUUAAUAGGAAUGAAAGUUCCACUUUAAGUCGCGUAACAGAUAAAGUAUAUGCUAUAGAUAACGGAUACUAUUAUGGACCAUCAUUUGGUAAUGGAGAUCUUAUAAUAUGUGGGCUUGAUCUUCACACACUUUCUCAUUAUUGUCGUAGUAGUAAAAAUUCUUAUGAAAAACCGAUUAGAGAAACUGAGGGUGUAUUUUCUAUAGAAGAAUGCGAAGUAUUUCGCGUGAUACUUAAGUAUUAAGUCGUUAAGAAAAAUUUCAAAAAGAAUUAAGAUUUUAUACAAUUUUGGUAUCAAUAUUUCGUUUACUGUUACAGUGCAAUAUAGUGUUAUGUUGAGUUUCUUACCGUGUCCUUUUAAUUAAUGAUGGGUUAAUUUGUAUUCUAUACAUUCAAAUUGGUAUUUGCAUCUUGCUUUAUAAAAUUAAUGUAUAUUCUUAGAAUUUAAAAUCUUUUAUCUCUCUUGGUCGCUAAAAGAAUAGAUUUAAGAAUUGAUGUAUUAAAUAGAUUUUCAAGAAAUUUAUAUAAUACUUUACGUUGGGAGUGAAAUACUUGUAUCAUGUUGAUAAAAAUUUGAUAUUUGUUUGAUGCCAACCACGCCAAACUCCAAUAAUUUCUAAGUUAAUUUGAAAAUUUUCCAAGUAAAUUAGCAUAAUAUUACAUUUAAAUAAAUUCAAAAUAAAAAAAA